AUGGAUAACGACUCGAUAACAGAUAUUGCAUGGCCCGUAAACAUCGAAUCUAUGGUGAAAGCUGCAAAUCAACCAACCUUGAAUAAACAUAUAGAAAAACCAUAUUCGAAAAAAUAUCGAAGAUUUUGUGGUAUUGUUUAUUAUCCGUGUUCAUUACUGUGGCUGGCACUUUUGUUGUUACUUGCUCUUCUUCUUCUUGCGAUUAUUACUGCACUUUUAAUAGUUUUUAUUGCUAAGAAUAAGCAAGCUAAAGCAAUGCUAAUAGCAAUCAAUUCAACGGAAUCACUAAAUUAUACAACUGAAGCACUAAAUUAUACAACGAAUAUCACUGAACGAACGGUUAUCAAUGCAUCAGCAACAACAACAAUAAUGAUGGUGAAAAUGGCAGGAGAAAUGACAACUACCAUUCCAGGCACUACAAUAACUCCAAUUUCAUGUGGCCAAUCAUGCCUAAAUCAAUCAUGGAUUAGUUCUGCGGAUGGUAUUGCCAUGUGGCCAUUUGAUGAUUCAUACACUGACAUUGUUAGUGGUCACAAUGGGCUUCCUUCUGCGCAUCUUCCUACUUUUGUCCCCGGAUAUGUACGUCAAGCAGCUUCAUUUAAUGCGUCACAGCAACAAGCUAUGCAUACAUCAUUUAUUCCAUUGUAUGAUGUUAGUUUCACUAUCGAUGCAUGGAUUAAACCAACUGGAUAUCCGAAUUCAAAAGAUCACAGUAUUGUUGGUUUAUGUCCAUCCAAAAUAGUAAAUAAAUGUCUGCAUAUUAAUAUUCGUAAUAAGAAACUUUACUUUGGAUUUUAUAAUAAUGAUCUUCAAGGUCGUACGGAAAUCUUACUCAACCAAUGGAUACAUGUAGCAUUUUCUUUUGAUAAAGUAACAAGCAUACAAACUAUCUAUUUGAAUGGAUAUCUUGACGGACAACACAGGGCAUCAACUACAUUAGAAAUUUCAUCAGGCAAUUUUACAGUUGGCACUAAUGAAGGUGUAAACUUUGGAAGUGGCUAUUUUCAGGGCUACAUCGAUCAAUUAUCAAUCGCUCAACAAUUGAAAUCUUCUUGUGAAAUACUUGAUAUAGCAACAUUAGCUGCUCGUUUUAAAUUUGACAUACCAUCACCAUACAUUGAUUCGGGACCUAAUGCAGUAGCGACUACGUAUUUAGACACGUCGAUUGGCGCAGGCUAUUUUAAUCAAGCUAUAUCAUUUUCUGGUGCACCAAUGUCUUAUUUUCAAGCAUGGGGCUUGACUUCAUUGGGUAUUAGUAAUAGAGCAUUUUCACUUGUAUUUCGUAUUCAGCCUGAAGUAUUAUCUGGUACACUGGUUCAUCUAUCAACAUCAUCUUUAGGUACAGGACCUCAAUGUUUUCCAUUAUUGGGUUUUACUUCAAAUGGAGCAAUCGUUGCACAAGUUUUGCUCAGUGCUAAUACGGUUGUAUCAGCUACUGGUCCUAUUUUAUCUGUUUCGUCAACAUGGAUAGAAGUUGUUCAAACAUGGAGUUCAACAAAUGGAUUGAAACUCUAUGUUAAUAGUACGCUUGUUAGCUCUGUAGCAGCUUCAACAUUUCUCGGAAGUGAAAUAACACCUAACUAUUUAACAUUGGGCAAUUCUUUAAAUGGCCGUGAUGGUCGAUGUACCAAUGGCUUAGUCGGCCAGCCAGGCCCGUUUACAGGUGCAAUCGAUGAUUUUCGUGUAUACAGUCGCGAACUUACUCUGGAGGAUGUGUGCACUCUGACUUUUAUUAUUUGA